UUUGAGGAUGUGGUUGUGAACUUCAGCAAUGAGGAGUGGACUUUGCUGAGUCCAUCCCAAAAGAAGCUCUACAGAGAUGUGAUGGGCGAAACCUUUAGGAACAUGACUCUGAUAGUAGAGGAAUGUUCCUCACAGAAAUUGCAUAUAUGUAAGAAAUGUAGGAGAGCUUUUAGCAGUAAAAUUCAUUUUCAAAUACAUGAAAAUGUUCACACUGGAGAGAAACCCUAUGUGUGUAAGCAAUGUGGAAAAGGUUUCACCCAACUUGGAUGUUGUAAGGAACAUGAAAGAAUUCACACUGGAGAGAAACCAUAUGUAUGUAAGCAAUGUGGGAAAGCUUUUAACAGAUGGGGAGUUUGUAAGAGACAUGAAAGAAUUCACAGUGGAGAGAAACCAUAUGUAUGUAAGCAAUGUGGGAAAGCUUUUAACAGACGGGGAGUUUGUAAGAAACAUGAAAGAAUUCACACUGGAGAGAAACCAUAUGUUUGUAAGCAAUGUGGGAAAGCUUUUACCCAACAUGGACAUUGUAAGAAACAUGAAAGAAUUCACACUGGAGAGAAACCCUAUCUAUGUAAGCAAUGUGGAAAAGCUUUUAGCACACGGGGAGAUUGUAAGAGACAUGAAAGUAUUCACACUGGAGAGAAACCCUAUCUAUGUAAGCAAUGUGGAAAAGCUUUUAGCACACGGGGAGAUUGUAAGAGACAUGAAAGUAUUCACACUGGAGAGAAACCAUAUGUAUGUAAGCAAUGUGGGAAAGCUUUUAACAGACAGGGAGUUUGUAAGAAACACGAAAGAAUUCACACUGGAGAGAAACCAUAUGUUUGUAAGCAAUGUGGGAAAGCUUUUACCCAACAUGGACAUUGUAAGAAACAUGAAAGAAUUCACACUGGAGAGAAACCAUAUGUAUGUAAGCAAUGUGGGAAAGCUUUUAACACACAUGCAAAUUGUAAGGUUCAUGAAAGAAUUCACACUGGAGAGAAACCCUAUCUAUGUAAGCAAUGUGGAAAAGCUUUUAGCACACGGGGAGAUUGUAAGAGACAUGAAAGUAUUCACACUGGAGAGAAACCAUAUGUAUGUAAGCAAUGUGGGAAAGCUUUUAACAGAUGGGGAGUUUGUAAGAGACAUGAAAGAAUUCACACUGGAGAGAAACCCUAUCUAUGUAAGCAAUGUGGAAAAGCUUUUAGCACACGGGGAGAUUGUAAGAGACAUGAAAGUAUUCACACUGGAGAGAAACCAUAUGUUUGUAAGCAAUGUGGGAAAGCUUUUACCCAACAUGGACAUUGUAAGAAACAUGAAAGAAUUCACACUGGAGAGAAACCAUAUGUAUGUAAGCAAUGUGGGAAAGCUUUUAACACACAUGCAAAUUGUAAGGUUCAUGAAAGAAUUCACACUGGAGAGAAACCCUAUCUAUGUAAGCAAUGUGGAAAAGCUUUUAGCACACGGGGAGAUUGUAAGAGACAUGAAAGUAUUCACACUGGAGAGAAACCAUAUGUAUGUAAGCAAUGUGGGAAAGCUUUUAACAGAUGGGGAGUUUGUAAGAGACAUGAAAGAAUUCACACUGGAGAGAAACCCUAUCUAUGUAAGCAAUGUGGAAAAGCUUUUAGCACACGGGGAGAUUGUAAGAGACAUGAAAGUAUUCACACUGGAGAGAAACCAUAUGUAUGUAAGCAAUGUGGGAAAGCUUUUACCACACAUGGAUAUUGUAAGAAACAUGAAAGAAUUCACACUGGAGAGAAACCCUAUGUAUGUAAGCAAUAUGGGAAUGGUUUUACCAACUCUGGACAUUGUAAGCAACAUGAAAGAAUUCACACUGGAGAGAAACCAUAUGUAUGUAAGUAAUGUGGGAAAGUUUUUACCCA